ACGAUCAUUCCCGGUAAAAUAUGACUUCAGAAAGUUUGAAAGACCUCAGCCCUUUACUGUGAUAAAUUCCUGCCUUUUGCAGUUAUUCGAGGGUGAAAUCUGUGAAACAGCCAAGAGUCACAACACGGACCAACUGUAAAGAUGAUGGGAACCGUCGCAGACCAAGAGAUAGCCAAUCUCUCUGCAAAGCUGAACCAGGCCAGUGAUAAGUUUAUCAACCAAUGGACAGGCCCAAGCCUUCUACAGUAUCUCAAGCACAAUGAAGCACAGCUACGGCAGUUCAUUAAAGAAGCAGAAGAUAAAAUUGAGGCUCUGAAAGGAGAGAUGGAAACGCUAAAGCAACGAGCAACCAGCAAUCAGUUAGCUGUGGCAAAUCAAGAGUCCCAAGCCAAGGAAAUAGAGGCGGCAAUCGAACAAGCCCGUACUACUACAGAGCAGCUACUCUUUCAGAAGGAGCAAUGGGAAAAACAGCUGGUAGAUGAGACUAAGCAAUGCCAGGAGCAGAAGGAACUGAUCGAGGCACAAGAGAAGGCGACCAGACAGAGACUGGAGGCCCUGAAGCAAGCUGAGCAUUACUUCAAGGAUAUCAUGGCUUUAGAGUUUAGGAAGAUUGAUGGUCAUCAUCUGCAGUUUGUCUUCACCAACAUUGACUCGAAGAACCAUGAUAGGAGCUUUUAUCUAACCAUUAAGAUUGAUAACAACCAAUAUCAAGUGACCGACUGCUGUCCGGCUAUCGAGGGAAUUCCAGAUAUGCUCAGUGAGCUGAACAAGACGAAUAACCUCAUGCAGUUUGUUGUGGGAGCGAGAAAAAAGUUCAAGCUUACGACCACGUAAAAUCAACAUGUAUGAUUCAUUUUGUAAUGUGGAUUUUAUGGUAUUAGGAUGUAUUUAACGUGAUAGAUAGAAAAUUAAAAAUAUUUGAACAAUUCGUUUCUGUAAUUCAACAUAAAACCAAGGCCAAUGGUGUCUAAAAAUAUGGAGCAUUGUGGCCCAUUGGAUUAGUCUUUUGACUUUGAAAUAGAGGGUCAUGGGUUCGAAUCCCAGCCAUGGC